GCUGGUAGCGGACCUAUGUAACGGAUCCCCAGGCAGCACAGCCUAGAACUGCAGCCAACCCGACCAGAAGCAGUUUGUUUGGUUUUUGUUGAUUCGCCUACAAGAGGACGUUUGCAGCCGAUUUCUGAGGUCCCUUCUGCUGAGACUGUUUCCACAUAAAACGUUUCAAGCAUGUCCCGGGAGAAGCUGGCAGUGGAGACAGCCCGCAGGGCAUUCCGUACUGGGAGGUCCAUUCCGCUAGAGCACAGAAUCCACCAGCUGAAGUCUCUGCAGCGUUUCCUGACGGAGCGACAAAAGGACAUCGCUCUGGCCCUCAAGAAUGACCUGUACAAGAGUGAGCACGGAACACCUCUAUACGAAACGAUGGGCCUGGAGAGCGAGAUCUCACUGGCCAUAGACCGCCUGGCAGAGUGGAUGGCGCCACAGCCGGUGGAGAAGACCCUACUCACCAUUUCAGACAAGGUGUACAUCCAACCCGAACCACUGGGAGUGAUACUGAUCAUCGGGGCUUGGAACUACCCUUGGGCAGUGACCCUCCAUCCCCUCAUUGGAGCCAUUGCCGCAGGUAAUGCUGCGGUAGUGAAGCCUUCAGAGGUCAGCGCUCAUACUGCCAAGGUGAUGGAGGAGCUCCUUCCCCUCUAUCUCGACAAGGAGCUGUACCCCGUGGUGACAGGUGGGGUUCAGGAGACCCAAGAGCUGCUGAAGCAGCGCUUCGACCACAUCUUCUAUACGGGGAACAGCACAGUGGGUAAAGUUGUGAUGGAGGCUGCAUCCCGCCACCUCACCCCCGUCACCCUGGAGUUAGGGGGUAAAAGCCCCUGCUACAUCGACAAGAGCUGCGACCUUGCCAUUGCUUGCCGCCGUAUUGCCUGGGGUAAAUUCACCAACUGCGGUCAGACAUGCAUCGCCCCAGACUAUGUUCUGUGUGACCCCUCCAUCCAGGACAGAGUGAUAGAGGAAAUCAAGAAGGCAGCGAAGGAGUUCUACACAGAUGACCCGAAGACAUGUGCCGAUUACGGCCGCAUCAUUAACACACGGCACUUCAAGAGGGUGAUGGCAAUGAUGGAGGACAGCAAGGUGGCCCUGGGCGGGGAGAAUGAAGAGUCCCAGUGCUACAUUGGUCCUACAGUGUUGAGGGAUGUGAAGGCUGACGCCAAGGUGAUGCAGGAAGAAAUCUUCGGACCUUUGCUACCCAUAGUGCCAGUCAAAAGUGUCGACGAGGCCAUCCACUUCAUCAACGAGAGGGAGAAGCCGCUAACUCUCUAUGUCUUUUCUUCAGACAACAAGCUGAUCCAGCGGCUUAUUGCCGAGACGUCUAGUGGGGGUGUCCUGGCCAACGAUUGCCUAGUGCAGUACUCUGUCAGCUCACUGCCCUUUGGAGGAGUGGGCAACAGUGGGAUUGGCACCUACCAUGGCAAGCACACCUUUGAUCGACUGAGCCAUUUAAAGAGCUGCCUGCUGAAGUCACUGGCCAUGGAGAGCCUGAACAAGAUGCGCUACCCACCACAUACGGUGGAAAAGCUGGGCUGGGCUCGCUUCUUCAUGCUCAAGCAGGUUAACGUGAGCCAUUUAGGGUGGCUGGCCAAGAUGGCCCUGCUGGCUAUAAUCGCCGCUGUCGUGCUUCAGAGGGUUUUGUGGUGAGGCGGCUGCCAUCUGCUGAUUAUUUGCGACCAGGUCCAGAUGCUGAUGUAACCGCUAUAUCUUUCACCAGUGUUACCAGAACACUGUGGCACGCUUGAAACUGUUUGAUAAUGUUUUAUGAUUUUUUUUUAAUUGUGCUAUAUUGCACAAAGAAUGCCUUGAAUGUUUGUUUGAUUUUCCUUACAUCUUUAUUAACAUUCUUGUGCUUCUCCAUAAAUCGGUUUUAAGGAAGGAAAGAGAUUUGCCGCUCUGACUCUAAUGUAUUCUUAUAUUAGAAGGUAUAUAUGUUUGUUUCCAUUAGGGUGACAAGAUAAUCCAUGUCAAGGACGCUUUAUGCUACUUCAGGAAUUACAAACUACUUUAAAACUGAAAGGCUUCAGUGCUAAAUAGCUCAGUUGUUCAGUGGCUGGUUUGUUUCCUUGACUGAGAGACUCAUCCAGCUGUUUCACACUAACAUGUGUGAUUAUAGGAGACUGACCAAUCAGCACACAGCAAGAAUUCAGUGCUUAAGAGAAAUCCGGGUGCUUUUAAUUGAAAUAAUAGUUUACGAACCUUGUCCUAGCUCAAAGGGUCCUCCCUGACAUCGAUUAUCUGGUCACCCUGGUUUCUAUGAGGGAUCAAGGAAUUGCUACACAAUUGGACGUGCCAAAACCCUGAGCUGUGCAUUAUGGGAACAAGGAAGAGAUCCAGAAAUGCACAGGAACCUGCUCGUUUAGGCCUGAGAUCACACUAGGGCUGGCCACCCUUAUGCUGUGGCACAGGGUGUAGUUUGUCUCAAAACCCUUAUCACAGGGGUGAGCAAUCGUAUUCACGAAGGGCAAGUGUGUGUGCAGGUAUUUGGGGUGACCUUUAGGUCAGCUGUUUGAACCCAGGUGUGAGGACUCUUCAGCCAAUCAGUCCUCUAAUUGGUAGUCUAACUGGGGAGUUUCAGCAAAAACCCGCAAACACAAUGGUGCUUUCUGGAUAAGAUUACCCACCCCUGCCUUAUCAGAACAUGGACUACUGUUUUGUACACAGUAUUAAACACAACCAGCUCCCAUAUUAUUUGAUCAUAUUGCAUUUUUGAUGCAGUGAAAAUAGCUUUGGAUCCCAUGUCCAGACUUAGCUUAGGUAAAAGCUGCAACAAUAAUAUUUAAUUCAGGGAAAAAUAACUCAUUUUAAUGUGCCUGUUCGUCUUUAUGAUGGCAAUACUAUGCAGUCUUCAUUCCUGACACACUACUUCAUUUUUUUAAUGAAUCCUUCUUUCACUCGAAUGGAUUUUAGUGUAUGUAAAGCGUUCAGAUGUUUACUGCAUUGUAACCUGUUGCAUUUCAAUAAAUUAGAUAAUCCCUAAAAA